GACGGAGUUGGCAUUGGAACGGCCUUGGGAGUGGUCAGAAGCUGCUGCGGGGGCCCAGGGAGGUUGUUGAGGCGGAUGCGGGACUGUCACUGAUUGCCGGGCGUGGCCUAGGAGGUGGAAGAAGUCAAGAUGCCACCUUAUAUAAACUGGAAAGAGAUAAUUAAAGUGGACCCAGAUGACCUGCCUCGUCAAGAAGAACUGGCGGAUAAUUUGUUGGUUUCUUUGUCCAAGGUGGAAGUAAGUGAACUGAAAAAUGAAAAUCAAGAAAAUGUGAUACAUCUUUUCAGAAUUACUCAGUCAUUAAUGAAGAUGAAAGCUCAAGAAGUAGAGCUAGCUUUGGAAGAAGUUGAAAAGGCUGGAGAAGAACAAGCAAAAUUUGAAAAUCAAUUAAAAACAAAAGUAAUGAAACUGGAAAAUGAACUGGAGAUGGCUCAUCAGUCUGCCGGUGGACGGGACACUCGGUUUUUACGAGAUGAAAUUUGCCAACUUGAAAAACAAUUGGAACAAAAAGAUAGGGAAUUAGAGGAAAUGGAAAAGGAAUUGGACAAAGAAAAGAAAGUUAAUGAACAAUUGGCUCUUCGAAAUGAGGAAGCAGAAAAUGAAAACAGCAAGUUAAGAAGAGAGAAUGAACAGCUACGUCAGGAUGUUAUUGAUUACCAGAAGCAAAUAGAUUCACAUAAAGAAUCACUUUUAUCAAGAAGAGGAGAAGACAGUGACUAUCGAUCACAAUUAUCUAAGAAGAACUAUGAACUUGUUCAAUAUCUGGAUGAAAUUCAGACCUUAACAGAAGCUAAUGAGAAAAUUGAAGUUCAGAAUCAAGAAAUGAGAAAAAAUCUAGAAGAGUCUGUACAGGAAAUGGAGAAGAUGACUGAUGAAUACAAUAGAAUGAAAGCUAUUGUGCAUCAGACAGAUAACAGAGUGGACCAGCUAAAAAAAGAAAAUGACCAUUAUAGACUUCAAGUGCAAGAACUCACAGACCUUCUGAAAGCAAAAAACGAAGAAGAUGAUCCAGUCAUGGUAGCUGUCAAUGCCAAAGUAGAGGAAUGGAAGCUAAUUUUGUCUUCUAAAGAUGAUGAAAUUAUUGAAUAUCAACAAAUGUUACAUAAUCUGAGGGAGAAGCUUAAGAAUGCUCAGCUUGAUGCUGAUAAAAGUAACAUCAUGGCUCUAAAACAGGGUAUACAGGAACGAGACAGUCAAAUUAAGAUGCUCACUGAACAAGUUGAACAAUAUACAAAAGAAAUGGAAAAAAAUACUUACAUUAUUGAAGAUUUGAAAAAUGAGCUGCAAAGAAACAAAGGUGCUUCAACGCUUUCUCAGCAAAAUCACUAUUUGAAAAUACAGUCAAAACUACAAAUUUUAGAAGAGAAAACUAAGGAGGCUGAGAGAACAGCUGAACUGGCUGAGGCUGAUGCAAAGGAAAAGGAUAAAGAAUUGGUUGAGACUCUAAAGCGAUUAAAAGAUUAUGAGUCAGGAGUAUAUGGCUUAGGAGAUGCAGUUGUUGAAAUAAAGAAUUGUAAAAGUCAAAUUAAAAUAAGAGAUCGAGAAAUUGAAGCAUUAACAAAGGAAAUCAAUAAGCUUGAGUUGAAAAUCAAUGAUUUCCUUGAUGAAAAUGAAGCACUAAGAGAACGUGUGGGCCUUGAACCAAAGACAAUGAUUGAUUUGACUGAAUUUAAAAAUAAUAAACACUUAAAACAGCAGCAGUACAGAGCUGAAAACCAGAUUCUUUUGAAAGAGAUUGAAAGUCUAGAAGAAGAACGACUUGAUCUGAAAAGAAAAAUUCGUCAAAUGGCUCAAGAAAGAGGAAAAAGAAUUGCAAACUUAGGAUUAACCAUUGAGGACCUGAAAUUAACUGAAAACUUUUCUCAAGAAGAAGGUACAGGAAAUAGAAAACUGAACUUUGUGAACCUCAGUAUGUGUGAAGCACAAUCGAAGAAUGAAUUUCUUUCCAGAGAACUAAUUGAAAAGGAAAGAGAUUUAGAAAGAAGUAAGACAGUAAUAGCUAAAUUUCAGAAUAAAUUAAAAGAAUUAUUUGAAGAAAAUAAGCAACUUGAAGCAGGUAUGAAAGAAAUACUACAAGCUAUAAAAGAAAUGCAGAAGGAUCCUGAUAUUAAAGGAGGAGAAACAUCUCUAAUUAUCCCUAGUCUUGAAAGACUAGUUAAUGCUAUAGAAUCAAAGAAUGCAGAAGGAAUCUUUGAUGCCAGUCUACAUUUGAAAGCCCAGGUUGAUCAACUUACUGGAAGGAAUGAAGAAUUAAGACAGGAACUCAGGGAAUCUCGGAAGGAGGCUAUAAAUUAUUCUCAGCAGUUGGCAAAGGCAAAUUUAAAGAUAGAACAUCUUGAGAAAGAAACCAGUCUUCUAAGACAAUCAGAAGGAUCAAAUGUCAUUUUUAAAGGAGUAGACUUACCUGAUGGGAUAGCACCAUCUAGUGCCAAUAUCAUUAAUUCUCAGAAUGAAUAUUUAAUACAUCUCUUGCAGGAACUAGACAAUAAAGAAAAGAAUUUAAAGAAAUUAGAAGACUCUCUUGAAGACUAUAAUAGAAAAUUUGCAGUAAUUCGUCAUCAGCAAAGUUUAUUAUAUAAAGAAUAUCUAAGUGAAAAAGAGACCUGGAAAACAGAAUCUGAAACGAUAAAAGAAGAAAAGAGAAAACUGGAGGCUCAAAUUCAACAAGAUGCUAUAAAAGUAAAAGAAUAUAAUAAUUUGCUCAAUGCUCUUCAGAUGGAUUCGGAUGAAAUGAAAAAAACACUUUCAGAGAACAGUAGAAAAAUCACUGUUUUACAAGUGAAUGAAAAGUCACUCAUAAGGCAAUAUACAACCUUAGUAGAAAUGGAACGACACCUCAGAAAAGAAAAUGGGAAACAAAAGAAUGACUUAAUAUCCAUGGAGGCUGAAGUUUGUGAGAAAAUUGGAUGUUUACAGAGAUUUAAGGAAAUGGCCAUUUUCAAGAUCGCAGCUCUGCAAAAAGUUAUAGAUAAUAGUGUGUCUUUGUCUGAACUAGAGCGAGCCAAUAAACAGUACAAUGAACUCACGGCCAAGUACAGAGACAUCCUUCAAAAAGAUAAUAUGCUUGUUCAAAGAACAAGUAACUUGGAACACCUAGAGUGUGAAAAUGCAUCCUUAAAAGAACAAAUGGAAUGUGUAAAUAAAGAACUGGAGAUUACCAAGGAAAAACUGCACACUAUUGAACAAGCCUGGGAACAAGAAACUAAAUUAGGAAAUGAAUCUUACAUGGAUAAGGCAAAAAAAUCUAUGACAAACAGUGAAAUUGUUUCUAUUUCAAAAAAAAUCACUAUGUUGGAAAUGAAGGAAUUAAAUGAAAGGCAGAGGGCUGAACAUUGUCAAAAAAUGUAUGAGCACGUACGGACUUCAUUAAAGCAAAUGGAAGAACGUAAUUUUGAAUUGGAAACCAAAUUUGCUGAGGUAAAUAGAAGAUUAAGAUCUGAUUUGAUCAAAGUAAGAUUGAGAGAGAUUGCUGAUAUUGCUAAAAGGCAAGUUGAUUUUUUGAAUGCUCAGCAACAGUCCAGGGAAACGGAGGUAAAAUCCCUCAGAACUCAGCUACUUGACUAUCAGGCACAGUCUGAUGAAAAGGCACUAAUCGCAAAGCUGCACCAACAUAUUGUCGCUCUUCAAAUCAGUGAGGCUGCUGCUCUUGGUAAGCUGGAGUCAGUUGCAUCUAAACUUCAGAAGAUGGAGACCUGCAACUUGCGCUUAGAACAGAAACUUGAUGAGAAAGAACAGGCUCUCUAUUAUGCUCGUUUGGAGGGGAGAAACAGAGCAAAACAUUUGCGGCAAACAAUUCAGUCUCUGCGUAGACAGUUCAGUGGAGCUUUACCCUUGGCACAACAGGAAAAGUUCUCUAAAACAAUGAUUCAGCUCCAGAAUGACAAACUUAAGAUAAUGGAAGAGAUGAAGAUUUCUCAGCAAGAACAUAGAAAUAUGGAGACUAAAUCCCUGGAAAUGGAAUUAAAAUGGAAGGGUUUAGAAGAGUUAAUAAGCACUUUGAAGGAUGCCAGGGGAGCCCAAAAGGUAAUCAAUUGGCACAUGAAAAUAGAAGAACUUCGUCUUCAAGAACUUAAACUAAAUCGAGAAUUAGUCAGAGAUAAAGAAGAAAUAAAAUAUUUGAAUAAUAUAAUAUCUGAAUAUGAGCAUACAAUCAAUAGUCUGGAAGAAGAGAUUGUUCAGCAAAACAAGUUCCAUGAAGAAAGACAAAUGGCCUGGGAUCAAAGAGAAGUUGAACUAGAACGUCAACUAGAUAUCUUUGAUCGUCAGCAAAAUGAAAUAUUAAAUGCUGCACAAAAGUUUGAAGAAGCUACAGGAUCAAUGCCAGAUCCCAGUUUGCCACUCCCAAAUCAACUUGAGAUUGCACUUAGGAAAAUUAAGGAGAAUGUUCGAACAAUUCUAGAAACUCAGGCAACUUGUAAAUCAUUGGAAGAGAAGCUAAAAGAAAAAGAAUCUGCUUUACGGUUAGCAGAGCAAAAUAUUCUGUCAAGAGACAAGGUAAUCAAUGAACUGAGGCUUCGGUUGCCUGCCACUGCAGAACGGGAAAAACUUAUAGCUGAACUAGGAAGAAAAGAAAUGGAUCCAAAAUCUCAUCACACAAUGAAAAUUGCUCACCAAACUAUUGCAAACAUGCAAGCCCGGUUAAAUCAGAAGGAGGAAGUAUUAAAGAAAUACCAGCAUCUUCUAGAAAAGGCCAGAGAGGAACAAAGAGAAAUUGUAAAGAAACAUGAAGAAGACCUUCAUAUUCUUCAUCAUAAAUUGGAACUGCAGGCUGAUAGUUCACUCAGCAAAUUCAAACAAACAGCUCAGACUUUAAUAAAACAGUCACCUACUCCAGUCCCUACAAACAAGCAUUUUAUUCGUCUGGCUGAGAUGGAGCAGACAGUUGCAGAACAAGAUGACUCUCUGUCCUCACUUUUAACCAAGCUAAAGAAAGUAUCAAAAGAUUUAGAGAGACAAAAAGAAAUCACUGAAUUAAAAAUAAAAGAAUUUGAAGGUAUCAAAUUACGGCUCCAAGAAAACCAUGCAGAUGAGGUGAAAAAAGUGAAAGCAGAAGUGGAGGAUUUACGGUGUCUUCUGGCCCAGUCACAAAAGGAAUCACAGAAUUUAAAGUGUGAACUUCAGACUCAAAAGGAAGCAAAUUCAAGAGCUCCAACAACUACAAUGAGAAAUCUAGUAGACCGGUUAAAGAGCCAAUUAGCCCUAAAAGAAAAACAACAAAAAGCUCUUAGUCGAGCGCUUUUGGAACUCCGGGCAGAAAUGACAGCAGCAGCUGAAGAACGUAUUGUUGCUAUAACUUCCCAAAAAGAGGCUAAUCUCAAUGUUCAACAAAUUGUGGAUCGACAUACCAGAGAGCUAAAGUCACAAGUUGAAGAUUUAAAUGAAAAUCUUCUAAAAAUGAAAGAAGCCCUUAAAACAAGUAAAAACAGAGAAAAUUCAUUAACUGAUAAUUUGAAUGACUUAAACAAUGAGCUGCAAAGGAAACAAAAAGCCUAUAAUAAAAUACUUAGAGAGAAAGAUGGAAUCAAUCAAGAGAAUGAUGAACUGAAGAGGCAAAUUAAAAGACUAUCCAGUGGAUUACAGAGCAAACCGCUGAUAGAUAAUAAGCAAAGUUUAAUUGAGGAACUUCAAAAGAAAGUUAAAAAAUUAGAAAGCCAACUAGAAAAGAAAGUGGAGGAAGUAGAUAUAAAACCUAUUAAAGAAAAGAGUACUAGAGAAGAAUUAAUUAGGUGGGAAGAAGGUAAAAAAUGGCAAACCAAAAUUGAGGGAAUUCGAAAUAAGUUAAAAGAGAAAGAGGGAGAGGUCUUUACUCUGACAAAGCAGUUGAAUACUUUGAAGGAUCUUUUUGCAAAAGCUGAUAAAGAGAAGCUUACUUUACAGAGGAAACUGAAAACAACUGGCAUGACUGUUGAUCAAGUUUUAGGAGUACGAGCUUUGGAGUCAGAAAAAGAAUUGGAAGAAUUAAAAAAGAGAAAUCUUGACUUAGAAAAUGACAUACUGCAUAUGAAGACCCAACAAGCUCUUCCUCGAGAUUCUGUGGUAGAAGAUUUACGUUUGCAAAAUAGAUUCCUUCAAGAAAAACUUCAUACUUUAGAAAAACAGCUUUCAAAGGAUACAUAUUCUAAGCCUUUAAAGACUUCAGAAACUGAAUCAGAUGAUUUUUAUCAAAAAGAACAGGAGCUUCAAAGGGAAAACUUGAAGUUGUCAUCUGAAAAUAUUGAACUGAAAUUUCAGCUGGAACAAGUAAAUAAAGAUUUGCCAAGACUAAAGAAUCAAGUAAGAGAUUUGAAGGAAAUGUGUGAAUUUCUUAAGAAAGAAAAAGCAGAAGUUGAGCGUAAACUUGGCAUGGUUAGAGGGUCUGGUAGAAGUGGAAAGACAAUCCCAGAACUAGAAAAGACCAUUGGUUUAAUGAAAAAAGUAGUUGAAAAAGUCCAAAGAGAAAAUGAACAGUUGAAAAGAGCAUCAGGAAUACUUACCAGUGAAAAAAUGGCAAAUAUUGAAGGUGAAAAUGAAAAAUUAAAGGCUGAAUUAGAAAAACUUAAAGCUCAUCUUGGACGUCAGUUGAGUAUAAACUAUGAAUACAAGAACAAAGGCACAGAGAAAAUUGUUGCUGAAAAUGAAAGGCUUUGUAAAGAACUUAAAAAGGAAACUGAAGCUUCAGAGAAACUGCGGAUAGAAAAGAAUAAUUUAGAGAUACUAAAUGAGAAGAUGGCAGUUCAGCUAGAAGAGACUGGAAAGAGAUUACAAAUUGCAGAAAGUAGAGCUCCACAGCUAGAAGGUGCUGACAGCAAGAGCUGGAAGUCAAUUGUUGUUACAAGAAUGUAUGAAACAAAGUUGAAAGAAUUGGAAACUGAUAUUGCCAAAAAAAAUCAAAGCAUUACUGACCUUAAGCAGCUUAUAAAAGAAGCUACAGAGAGAGAGCAAAAAGUAAAGAAAUACACAGAAGACCUUGAACAACAGAUUGAGAUUCUCAAGCAUGUUCCUGAAGGUGCUGAGACAGAACAAAGUCUUAAACAGCAGCUACAAAUUCUUAGAUUAGCAAAUAGUCAACUGGAUAAAGAAAAAGCAGAAUUAAUUCAUCAGAUAGAAGUUAACAAAGACCAGAGUGGAGCUGCAAGCACCAUACCUGGUGCUGAUCAACUAAAAGAAGAGAUAAAAGAUCUAGAAACACAGCUAAAAGUGUCAGAUCUGGAAAAGCAACAUUUAAAGGAUGAAAUAAAAAAGCUCAAAAAAGAAUUGGAAAACUUUGAUCCUUCAUUCUUUGAAGAAAUUGAAGAUCUGAAAUAUAAUUAUAAAGAAGAAGUGAAAAAAAAUAUUCUCUUAGAAGAAAAGUUAAAAAAACUUUCUGAACAAUGUGGAGUUGAAUUACCUAGCCCUCUUGAUGCUUCUGAACAAUCUGAAGGUGAAGAAAGUCCUGACAAUUUCCCUAUAUAUUAAGGAUCACAUAUAAAUAUAGUUUUAUUUGUUUUAUAAGUUAAAUCAGGUUUUGAAGUAGAGAAUUUCCUUCUCAAUACCUUAUACCUUGACUUAAAUGGGAGUUUUAGUAAUUAGAAUUAAAAAAUUUGAAGACUUCAGAAUAAGUUAUAGCCAUAAAACAGGCAGUGAACUAUCCAAAUUUGUCUACAUUCAUAAUGUCUUAGGUUUUAAAAGUAUGAGGAGAAAAAAAAUGGGAGUUUUAUAUAUUCUUAAUUUAUGUAUGUGUUAAGAUUUUCAGAUCCUAUCUAUAAUAAUAAAAUAUGGUUGCAUUGACAUUUAUAUACAUUAAAUUAUAAGGUUAAGCCUUUGUA